CCGCCCGCCCCCCGUCCCGCUGCGGCGCGGCCCAGCCGAGCGGCCCGCAGGCGGCUGUCACCUUCAGCGGGGCCGGCGCGGGCAGGAGGCGCACGGCGGCGCCGCCAUGGUGCUCAUCAAGGAAUACCGUGUUAUCCUGCCUGUGUCUGUGGAGGAGUACCAAGUGGGACAGCUGUAUUCUGUGGCAGAAGCCAGCAAAAAUGAAACUGGUGGAGGUGAAGGAGUGGAGGUCCUGGUGAACGAACCUUAUGAAAGAGAUGGAGAGCGUGGGCAGUACACACACAAGAUCUACCACUUACAGAGCAAGGUGCCAACGUUUGUGAGAAUGCUGGCCCCUGAAGGAGCUCUGAAUAUACAUGAAAAAGCAUGGAAUGCCUAUCCCUACUGCAGAACUGUCAUUACAAAUGAGUAUAUGAAGGAUGACUUCCUGAUCAAAAUUGAAACCUGGCAUAAAUCAGAUCUUGGAACACAAGAGAAUGUUCAUAAACUGGAGCCAGAUGUUUGGAAGAACGUAGAAGCAGUUUAUAUAGACAUUGCUGAUCGGAGUCAGGUGCUUCCCAAGGAUUACAAGGCAGAAGAAGAUCCAGCAAAAUUUAAAUCUGUCAAGACUGGCCGUGGACCUCUGGGUCCCAACUGGAAGAAGGAGCUGGGGAAGCAGUCAGAUUGUCCAUACAUGUGUGCUUACAAACUGGUAACAGUCAAGUUCAAGUGGUGGGGUCUGCAAAAUAAAGUUGAGAACUUCAUACAGAAGCAAGAAAAGCGACUCUUCACAAACUUCCAUCGGCAGCUCUUCUGCUGGCUGGAUAAGUGGGUUGAUCUGACUAUGGAGGACAUUCGUAGGAUGGAGGAGGAGACCAAGAGACAGCUGGAUGAGAUGAGAGAAAAAGAUCCAGUGAAAGGCAUGACGGCUGCAGAUGACUAACAUGACUCCUUCCUCCUGCACUUUUGCAAGACAGUCAUCAGGAAGGCCUGGGGAACCCACACUCUUGGCUGACGGACCAUCUCUGGAUCACGCCUUCCCCUCCCCGAGCGGCAGGCGAUUUGAAACCUCCCAUAGCUCAUUCUAGAUGCCCCUUAAUAUUGUGAGCAGAUAGACCUUCUGGUACUAAGCACUCCAACCUCAGCACGUGUGUGGAGGAGGCAGCUCCUUGGAGAUGUGUGACUUAGAGAUCUCUGUAUUUACCACUCCUCCCUCCUUCAUUUCCGUCCUCCCCCCCCCCCCAUUGUGUUCAGACCAAUUUCCAUGUGGCUCUGUUUGAUUUCCAAGUGAUAUUUUUAGCUAAAAUAGUCUUGUGAUGUGGUGACUUAGUUUUUUUUUCCUUUUUUUUUUUUUCCAAGUGGGAUAAACUGCCACCUUUCUUCCUGCCCAGUCCUUCACCAUUCUUUGAAUGUCUGUUUGGAGAGGGGAAACUGUCAGUAUUCUAGAGUGCAAAACUAUUCCACAAAAUGCUAUGCUCUGAACCUUGCUCCCAGGGUAAGAAAUGUAAUGGCAUGUAAUCUGAAUACAUAAUCAGGAGUAGCCAGAUUUAGUUCUUGGUCUGUGAUAAAUAGUGAGAUGUGGCUUCUGCACGGCAUUUCUUCAUUCUGUCUUGGCACACAUUGAUUAGGCACACAUUAAUUAAAGACUGCACAGAAGCUGCAUUCAGUGUCCCCAUGCUCAGGCCUUCAGCACCUAACUGUUGAGUUUCAGUUUAGUGGUACCUGGUCCCUUGGGCCCAUGUAGCUACGUUGUCCUUCAGCUGUGUGUGUCAGUCCAACAGAACAGUACCAAAACCUGCUUGACAUAUGUUGCAUCUUCCUCCUGCUUUGUUUGCUAAGACUUCCCGUAGCUUACAAAGCUAAAAUGCUUUUGGCCAACAAUAAUGUGAUCCUCCCUGGACAAACUGGGUUGUAGCAAAAGCUGUUACACAAGUAAAGUCUUGGUAUCUGACUACAUCCAGGUACCUGGUUGGUGGUUCUGCUCAGCAAUAAUAUUCUUCUCAUUGCAAGACUGACUAAAAUAUCUCCUUUCAUGCCAUAAAAAAGCAACUUAUAAAGACCUGCAGUUGUUUUCUAGGACCUCUGUCAGUUACUACAAAUCACAGAGGACACUGUUAAGCAAUGUAAAGAGCUCUGGUUAUUUAAUGAACUCAGAUACUUACUGUAACUAUCCUUAUGUUGAUACCAGCUUUAGACAAUCAAAUAAGCAGAACAGAAUAAAAAAAUGCUGCUUUAUAAAAUACAUAUGAGAAAAAAACAAACAUAACAAUUCCUUUGCUUAUGUCUAAGGCCCAAAGUUUGAUUUUUUUUUUUUUUUUUUUUUUCCAAGUAGUAAUAGCUUUGUUUUCCACUUCAGUGUUUGGAGGCACUAACGUGAAAUCCUGACUGCCAAGCACAGCCCUGGGUGUGUCACCACUUCUGAGGGGUCUCUUUGGCAUUCUGUGGUACAGCCCACUCCUCCAGCCCUUCACAUUCCUGCAAGCAGGAGAUCCUGGGGUGAUCCCUGCCACGUGGAACAUGUUAGAGCUGGGACCUGAACUGUUUUCAGUGCGAGGGAAGAUGAGGCAUGUUCUGGAGGGAGAGGAUGGCAUUUGGUUUCUGGGGAGGGGGCAGUUUAUCCCUUUCUUUUUAGUUUGUUAUUUUGCCUUACUCAAGUCUAAGUGCAAUAAGCUCUGAAUUAUCUCUGGCAGGCUCUUCUCAGUGACCUCAGACAGUUUUGCGGGGUGGGAGUGGGGUUUGAGGGAUUUUUAGCAAUCUCACCAGGCAGAAGUAAAACAAAUUUACUGUAAAAUAGGUGAAUAAACUAAAUUUUAAUCUGCGAGUCUGUUUGGGACCAGGAUGUUUUGUGGCAUCUUCUGUAGCUGUUCAAAAAUAAUUUUAGGAGUGUAGGCCCAACUUACGGUUCUUUCAGUUUAAAGUAUUUUUAACUGAGAAUUUAUGCACUGACUUCUGUUCAUGUUUGUUGGUUACGUUUUGAGGGAUUCUUACACUUGAGGACGACUGAAGAAUACACAUAGCACACUUGUUCUUUCAGUUUGUGUUACCCAAGAGGCUUUCUGUCUGAUGACACUAAUCGCUACAGAAGCAGAUUGUGACAUUCCACCCUGCAAUCCUUUUUUGAUCCUCUGAUUUCAGAGUAAGAGCUUUUACAAAAAGCUUUCCUGAUUAGUGGAAAAACCGGAGGGGAAAAAUGCAGGAACUCUAGCCUGAAUACUUUCCCUCCCUCUCCUCCCUGCCCUUUGCCUUCUUUCUUUCCAGUUCAUUCUGAAGUGAAAGCAUCCCUCAGCCUUGGGAUAGGCAAAUCCUAUAAAGACCUUCCAGUCUCGAUGCUGGUUCCUGCUGGCGUUGCCUGCUGGCUCCCCCAGGGGGGCUGUGGCUCCCGGGGGGCUGUGGCCGGGUGUUUGUCUGCUCUGGGGCGAUGGUUGUGCUGUGACCCCCUCCCCGACAGGCGCUGGGGGGUCCCGAGGCAGGUUCCUGGCCACAGCCGGGGUCAGGCGGUUUGUGGUGGGGCCCCUUGCCCCCCUCCCUGCACCUCUCGGGGCUCAUCCCUGCUGGGCCUCCCCGACACGUUCUGAUGGGUUCAUCGUGCUCUUUCCUUUGGCAACACACACUUUGUAGAAUGGGUUAGAUUAUCUCGUCGUUUCUUUAAAUGUGAGUUUGUGCCUUUUUUUGUCUCCUAAUCUUCCAAUACAGGCAUAUUGGAAACGAAAUCUAAUAAAAGACUAGACAGAG